CCGUGGUUCUUUGGCCAACAGCCCUUCAACAACUUAACUAACCUCGUUCCCUUUGACCACAUAUACAAAUAUUGAAGCGGAAAAACGACGACGCAUAAUCACAUACCUGCAAAGAUUGUAGAAAGCUUGGCAAAUUUUCGCUGCCUCACGAUUUUGUUACUGGAUACAAUUCUUUAAAGGUCAUCCUGAAACCUUUUAUCUUGUUCAGCUAUGUCUGCUCCAAAUAGAGAUGGGGUUUCAAGCUCUGGGUUUCCUCAAGUUAAGUUGAAUGAGCGCAUUCUUUCAUCGAUGACUCGACGAUCUGUUGCAGCACAUCCAUGGCAUGACCUUGAAAUUGGACCAGGAGCUCCUGCAGUUUUCAAUUGUGUCGUGGAGAUUUCAAAGGGCAGUAAGGUCAAGUAUGAGCUUGACAAGAAAACUGGACUCAUAAAGAUCGACCGUGUUUUGUACUCAUCAGUUGUGUAUCCUCACAACUAUGGUUUUAUCCCUCGCACUAUAUGUGAAGAUAGUGAUCCCAUGGAUGUGCUAGUCUUGAUGCAGGAACCAGUGCUACCAGGUUGUUUUCUUAGAGCCAGGGCUAUUGGGCUGAUGCCUAUGAUUGACCAGGGCGAAAAGGAUGACAAGAUUAUUGCUGUAUGUGCUGAUGAUCCUGAGUUCCGUCAUUAUCGAGAUAUCAAGGAGCUUCCUCCCCAUCGACUUGCUGAAAUUCGCCGUUUCUUUGAAGACUACAAAAAGAAUGAAAAUAAGGAAGUUGCCGUGAAUGACUUUCUUCCAGCAGAAGAUGCAGAAAAAGCCAUAAAGUACUCCAUGGACCUUUAUGCAUCUUAUGUUGUGGAAAACUUGCGCCACUAGUGAAAAUAUGCUGUUUUUGAAUGAAGUCAACAACCGUAAUUUUUAACUGUCUAAUUGACAUUAAUAACCUGGACUUAGUGAUCCUUCUCAAAGAACCUGUAUGACAUCCUCUUGUAAUACAGUAUAAAGUGAUAGAGAAUUUCUAUCACAUUAACCGCAUUAGAAUUGAACAGUAGUCUUGAAAUACAGUUCUUUAAAUGUGUGCAAUAGUAAAUGUUCAACUUGGCUGAA